AUGAAGCUCUUUAACAUCCUCUUUCCCAUGAUCAUUAGUAUUAGGGCGGCAAUUGCCAGUUUAAUCGCGGAAGCCAGCACCCAAAACCUUGAAUUCAAGACUUGUGUUGUGAAUCCUGGCGGCAACUCUUCCAUAGACGACGCUCCUGCUAUAAUUGAUGCUUUUACCCAAUGUGGUCACAACGGAAAGAUUCUUUUCCUCAAUGAGACGUAUCAUGUCAAUACUGUAUUAAACACCACCGGGCUCAAGAAUUGUGAAGUAGAUCUCAGGGGGACAUUACUAAUCUUGCAGUCUUCAGCAUGGGUUUUUGGUGGAGACAAUAUCAAUUUCCAAGGCCACGGAUAUGGAACCUUGAAUGGAAGUGGGCAAGCAUGGUAUACAUUUAUACAUGGCAAAAGCAACUACCCUGGUCGACCACAUGCAAUAACGAUUGCGAAUACAACGAAUUCUGUGUUUGAGGGAAUUAAAUUCGUGCAAAGUCAAAUGUGGACGAUGACUGUCAUCCACAGCAAAAAUGUCCUGCUCCAAGAUAUCUACGUCAAUAAUGCUGGCAAUGACGGUACCACAAGCAGUAACACAGAUGGUGCCAAUACUAUAUUCUCGGACCACAUCACAUUCAAGCGGUGGGAUAUCACAAAUGGAGACGACAGCAUAGCCUUCAAAGCCAAUAGCACUAAUAUCCGCGUUCUCGAUAGUACAUUCCACAACGGUCUUGGUAUUGCAUUUGGCAGCAUCGGGCAAUACAAAGGGGAAUUCAACACUAUUGAAAAUAUCCGAGUGAAGAACAUAACUUGUUACAACACACUCCAUGGAGCUUAUGUCAAGACUUGGACUGGCCAGCAGGUUGGAUACCCACCGAAUGGUGGUGGCGGUGGAUUGGGAUUCAUGAAAGAUAUCCUUCUCUCCGACUUUACGUUAAACAAUCUCCGCGGGAUACCCUUUAGCAUAUCUCAAUGCACGACAUUCAGCGGCGUGGCUGGCGCGUGCAACACAUCUCUCUUUGAGAUCGAGGACUUGACAUUCGAGAAUGUAGCAGGGACAAUAGGCACGAACCCCAUCGCGAGUCUCCAAUGCAGCGCCGCUGCACCUUGUAAGAACAUUACUCUUCAAAACAUUGACCUUGCACUGAGAAAUGGAACUGCUGCAAGUGGGUAUAACUGCGAUGCUGUUUUCGGCUCGAUUGGAUUUAAUUGCACCGGUUUUACUUGUGGAACGAGUAGCGCUACGGGGUCGUGUUAG